ACGUCGCUUGUAAUAGGAAGCGAGGGGAUGACGCAGUUUUGUUCAGUCAGUACUCCAGUACGCACAUGGCACGUUGUGUCGUAACGGUGUUUAUUAUGACGGCGUAUCAUAAUAGUAUCAUUCAAUUUCACAUACAAGACAGGAGCAUGUUUCAACUAAAACUUAACAAUAAUACGUAUCAAACUGAAGUAACUGACUUCUGUAAAAAUUCAGAGUUAUUUAUUAAUGUAACAUUUUUCGGUUUCAUAAGCGCUUAGCUGUGCAUGACGGUGUACAUAAGCAGUGGAAUAAAUAAUAAUAAUCACAACAAUUUCACGAAGAGGUGCAGUCAAAUUUAUUUCAUUUUUGCGAUGAUAAUAGCGAGAAUUAACAUUUCACUGAACGUGAUUUUACGACAUCAGAUUUUAAUUAAACUUAACUGGUACCAACUGAAUUUGUAGGACUAUACACACACGUUAACAAUUAAAUAUAUAAAGUCAGCGUUUUAGUUUUAGCAUCAUCACAUGCGCGGGCCUGCAGAAUAAAACUGUAGCUAAGAGUCUUAUCUUAUUCUCGUGGCUGUACACGUAUAGAGGGGGGGCAGGGCAUUUGAAUGGUUUGCGUGUGGUUCCAUCUGAAGGACAUGUUUCUUGUUAUGAAGCAUCCUCUACGGCUGACGUAAUUCCAACCAUUUCAGCAGCUGAACGACAUGUCUCAUUGUAAGAACUGUUACCACAAUACAGGAUGUCAUCAAAAUCUGCCUGAAUUGGGGCACAGGACCAGCAAGCAGAGCCAUCUCUAUUCCGUAUCCAUGAAGCUGGCAGCUCAGAGAUGCAAUAACUGCUCUUCUGGCAGCAUGUAUGGCGUUCAGAGGAAGCUCAGUAUCGACAGUGACGACCUGACAAGUGGAAGCUCUGUCCACUUGAGAUUCCGGUGUUGUAGCGCUAGCCACUUCAAGUGUCACGUUUAGGGUUUUAGAUUUUGGACUCCUGAAGGUAUAACCGUGUCCCAAAUUAAGAGUUUAAUAAAAAGGAUCAUGUUUAAAUACGAUUAUCUUUCGAUAUCUUUUAGUGAAUGAACAACCUCAAUUGACAGUAUGAAUAAAUAUAGGAAAGCGAAAGAAGACACAGAACACUAUAUUACUAGUAAAAUUAUUAUUUAUUCAAAUCAAUGAAAGUAUAUCCCUCGAAGAUUUUUUUUAGUCUUAGAGUAUUGAAUCCAAAUUAACAAUACAGCAUGUAAAAUAGUAGUGUACAUAUGAUAUUAUAAUGCACACCUAUUCUUUGAAUUAGGUGGAUUGGAAAAACAACAAAACUGACAAAUUAUUUAGCUGAAAAAACAUAUAAAAAUCCUAUAUAUACAGAAAGAUAUAGUAUCAUUUAGAUAUAUGAAAAAUUUAAAUGUCGGUUUGAUGAGAGAGACGUAUGACAAAUUCCAGUGUCCAUCGUGAUGUAUGAAACAAAGUUUAGGCAUAUAUAUUCUGAAGAAUAAUUGAAGGAAUAGUUUAAAAUUUCAGUCACGUUAUUGAUAUGUUUAACAUGACUUGGGUGCAGAAAAUCUAGACCAAAGAAAUUAACGAAACGUGUGUCAGUCGUCAUGACUAUACACUCAACUAGAUUUAUGUUUACAAGCACGACCAGGGCGUUUACUUAGAAUAAAUCUUGUGCGAUAUUCUUCGGCAUGCUGAGAGACGUAAGGUUAUUCCCCAUUACUCUGAUCUACGUAUCAGUGCUGCUAUCUGGACGCGAGGUGCAUUGCGAAGUCGGCGUGUUGCCACAACAUGAGCAGGAGCAGCAGAGGAUCUCUGCCUUGCUGAAAGGCGACUUCAUUAUCGGAGCCCUAUUCUCAGUGCAUCACCAGCCGAAACAGAAGCGAGUAGGCAACACACUCAAGUGUGGUCGGGUCCGAGAGAUGUACGGGAUCCAGCGGAUCGAGGUCACUUUCCAGACGAUCGAUCGCAUUAAUAACGAUCCUACGAUCUUGCCGAACGUGACGCUUGGUGUGGAGAUCCGAGACUCGUGCUGGUACGCACCGGUCGCUCUGCAGCAGAGCAUCGAGUUCAUCAGGGACUCCAUUUCUCCUGCGACGCCAGCAGACACGUGCAGCGUUGAUCAACAGCCGAAAUCGAGACGUUCGCCACUUGAGAACGGCGUGAAACGACGCAGAACGCCUCUGGUGGGUGUGAUCGGACCCGCUUCAAGCUCUGUAGCUAUCCAGGUGCAGAACUUGUUGCAGCUGUUUCAAAUUCCGCAAAUCGGCUACUCUACCACCAGCAAGGACUUGAGCGACAAGAGCCGGUUCAGCUAUUUCCUUCGUGUCGUGCCGUCUGACUACUAUCAGGCGCAGGUUAUGGUCGACAUCGUCCGGAAAUACAACUGGACCUAUGUAUCCGCAGUCAACACUGACGAGAACUACGGGCAGAGCGGAAUCCAAGCUUUCAGGGAGCUGGCAGAGAAGGCAAAUGUCUGCAUCGCGAAGGAAGAUUCGGUGCUUAGCAACGCGGAGGAUGAGGUGUUCGAUGGAGUGAUCCGGAAGUUGGACGAGGACAAGAAUGCUCGUGUCGUCGUUUGUUUCUGCGAGGGCAUGACCGUUCGAGGGCUGCUGGCUUCUACAAAGCGCCUCAACCUCACUGGGCGCUUUCUCUUCAUUGGCAGUGAUGGCUGGGCUGACCGCAGUGACGUCACUGACGGCUAUGAGAUGCAAGCGCGAGGCAGCAUUUCUAUCCGUAUCCACUCGUCAAACGUCACGGAUUUCGACGAGUACUACUUCAAACUGAACCCGUACACGAAUACCCGGAACCCGUGGUUCCGCGAGUUCUGGCAACAACGCUUCAACUGCAGCAUUCGCGAGGAUUACGGCAACAGCACUGUCAUGUCUGCAAAGCUCGUCUCAGCCUCACUGGAGAGAGGAGAGUGCACAGGUCGAGAAAAGCUAAGCGACAGAUACAAGGCGGAUCCGAAGCUGUCCUUCAUUAUAAAGGCCAUCUACACAAUGGCAUACGGCCUUCACAACAUGCAUCAAGACGUGUGUGGUAGGGACGCAGUGGGCCUCUGCUCCGAUCUCUUCCCAUUCAACGGCUCACUCUUCAAGAGCUACUUGCUGAACGUAACGUUUAUGUACGGGGAAGAUGAUGAACUGGUGGAGUUCGACAAGCAAGGGGAUCCUCCUGGAAGGUACAACAUAAUGAACUUCCAGCUGCUGUCCAAUGGCAGCUACGACUACAUCCGCAUCGGGGACUGGAACAAUGGGACUCUCAUCAUGCAAGAAGAUGAGCUGCAGUGGCCCCGGUCAGGAGAGAAAGUGAAGUCUGUUUGUUCGAAACCCUGUCAGCCAGGGUACUACAAGAACUUUCAGACCGGAGGGCAAGAACAGAAAUGCUGCUGGGCUUGCGUCUCCUGUGCAAUCAAUGAGUUUCUCCUGAACGAUACCACCUGCCGAGCAUGUCCAACCGGAUAUCUGCCGAACGAUAACAAGACGGCGUGCGAUGAGAUACCCCCCGAGUUCGUCCAGUGGUCCGACACGCAAGCCAUCGUCUCCAUAGCUUUCUCGUGCCUCGGCUUCCUGUCCACUGCGUUUGCAGGAGCUGUCUUUGUUCGCUACAAUGACACCCCUGUCGUCAAGUCUUCUACACGGGAGCUGAGCUACCUUAUCCUCGCCGGAAUGACGCUCAGCCAUGCCGCCACCUUCCCGAUCCUCGCCGAACCAUCCUGGCUGUCGUGCUGUCUGUCUCGUGUUCUGCCUGGACUCAGCUUUGCCAUGAUCUAUGCAUCUCUGCUGACGAAGACCAAUAGAAUCGCCCGAAUCCUCGCCGGCUCCAAGAAGCGCUUCCCCUCUAGGAAGUCGAGGUUCAUGUCCGCUGCAGCUCAGGUACUCAUUACAUGCUCGCUGAUUGGCAUCGAGGUGGGCGUCUCGGUCACGAUGCUGGUUCUGGAGCCGGCCGCCCCGACGUUGCUGUUUCCGACGCUGGAUCGCGUGGUGCUAGCCUGCAACACGACUCCGCUUGGGGUCGUCGCUCCUCUGGCCUUCGACUUCUUGCUGAUCGCACUCUGCACACUGUAUGCCAUCAAGACACGGAACGUCCCAGAGAACUUCAAUGAGGCCAAGUUCAUAGGCUUCGCCAUGUACACGACGUGCGUCAUUUGGAUUGCCUUCGUCCCCAUCUACUUUGGCAGCGACUCCAAGGUGAUAACGAUGUGUAUGUGUGUGACGCUCAGCGCCAUGGUGACGCUAGUCUUCCUGUUCCUGCCGAAGAUGUACAUAAUUCUGCUUCGCCCCGAGAGGAACAAUCGCGCCCUCUUCACCACUUCUAAGAGCAUCCGCUGUCACAUCGGAACCCGCGUGGCGUCCGCGAUUUCCAGCAAGAGCUCCAACUCGUACUCCAGCACCGAGUCGCCCAGCAACAUCAGGGAUCGGUCUGUCACUUUCCGCAAGCCAGGGCGUACCGAUGUUCUGACCGGAAACAAUCACUCAACAGCUGCCGUCGGAAGCAACAGCAACAAUAGCAGCAGUAGAGGUGGCCAGGUUCACAACCUGCAACACGGAUCCGCCAUGCAAUGGCGGACGCACAGCGACACAAAUGAAUUCAUCUACACGGGUGUGGUGCCAGUGGACCGCCAGACAGAGCGACGUACCCUCUCGUGCCAAACAGGGUUAGAGCUGCUUCACUAUUUUCUGCAGACUUACAUGAGGAAUAUGCAAGCGUCACAGCAGACACAGGAUUAUAAAAAGAAUGAAGCUGAAAUCCUAGUACCUCCAUGGGCAGAAUUAAGUCCUCGGGCACUGCUGGACAGCAUGAACACGACGCGGUUACGACGCACUGUUAUUUCCACGGCGCACAUCUUGGAAGAGAGCGCUAGUGAACAAAGUGGUGACGAGGACAGUGGUCAGGUGAAACACAUCACCAUCAGCCUAGGCGACUGUGAGUGUCGGUCUGACAGUUCUUCGCAUUCUCCCGUAUCGUGGUCUCAUAAUUCCGAUAGCGCCGUGUGAUUCGGCAAAAUAACGCUCAUCGCACACGAAAUUAUGAUAAAUUUAGGUACAAAAUGGCAUAUUUCUGUAGUCAUGACUCCCACCUCGCAUUUGGAAGGAUCAGCAACCUGGCCCUAAAUUGGCUGAGGUGUUUAUGAUUUUCCUCGGACAAUCGCAAUAAAAUAGGCUUAAAUAGGCCCAACAGCUUCAUUGCACGUCCUUCUAAACUGAAAAUACAUUAUCAUCCUCUCGUAUCUCUUUUCAUUAUUGUAUCAGGUGGCGGGAAAAAUGCGGUGUUUCUUAAUUGCAAAAAUUAACGGUUUCACGGGUCUUAACGAAAGCAUGUAAGUUGUGUAGAUAAUUGUUUCUCGACCGAUGGGAAUUGAAGGACAGCCGGGUUGAUUCCGAGGUCUGAAAUAUAAGAACUUGUAUUAAUGUUUAAAAGAAUACUAAAAUUUACAUGAUUGUAAAAUUACACUUAUUGGAAAAAAAGGAACAUUAUUUUUGCUACAGAGGGACUGCAGUUCAACAACAAAAUUGCUGGUGGGAUGCAAGACACAGAAGGUUGAGAACCAGUGAACAGAACAUGAAGUACGUUUACAAGAAAUUUAUUCAGUUCGGUUAUUUCCUUAUGCAAAUAAAAGAUAAUCAUUUCAAUAUUAAGUGUAAAAAUAGAUUUUAUUUACGACUAAAUUAUUUUCUCACUAAAAUUGAUAUUGAAUAGUGUCCUCGCUUUCUUCUGCUAGGUCUUGCGUUAGGCGAUGGCUGAUCAAAUGUUAUUUUGAGAUCAUAUAUUUUCAAUUUUCACUGCUGUAAUUCUAGGGACUAAUAUGAUACUCUCUGGUUUCUGUCCACUAUCCGUUCAAUUUCAUUCUGUCAGGGUAAUUUGACGUAAUUAAAUCUGGAAAACUUGGUAAGAAUUUUGUGAAUCUGGCAAAUUAAAAUGCAGUAUUAUUUGACACUUCCCAAAGAGGGGUAAUGUGAAUGUAAAAACGCACACUUUUAACAUUCGAAAUGGAAAAUAGUUUUAGGCAUAACAAAAUAAAUCUAAUUGAAUAGAUUUGAUCGUAGUUGCACAUAACCGCAGUACUGUAAUCACUCCGUUCCCGGGCAGGCAGGUAUGUCAAUUCGGCCUCAAUUGCAUUCGCUGAUUCUUUUUGAACGCCCAGUGAACAGCAGCCAGCCAAAUUAGAAGCUGCAAGUGUUUACAUUGCCUCUUGUCCAUUCGACUCUGUUCUGCAGAAACUGCUAAGUGGAUACCCACGUGACAAUAUCUGAAAGAGCUAAGUAUCCGGAUGUUUACACAGGCGAUUUAGUUGUGUGGUAAUGAUCGAAUUGGGCGCAAGGGCCUUUCUACUGCAGUAGAAUCGAAACGCUCGCAGAUUAAUCACGUCGAAAUACGGUUUCACUUUUCAGAUGUGUCAUGCGAUCAACCAAUGUAAACGUGCCCAAGUGACAAUGAGUGCGUUGCUUGGCUGGAGCUUUUCGGUUGUGGUCGAGACAGGGGCCGAAUUAUUUUAGAGUUUUAUUCUUGUCAUGAAACACCAUGGUGGGCACCAUUGUAUGCAUUCUUUCAGUUCUCCAUAAUGAGCAUACCUCGGGUCUAUGUAAUUCGUCUCUCUCACCCCAGGUGCGAGGAACAUGCUGCCCCGGAUUUCGUAAAGUGGGUGUCAUAUUCUUUAACGAUAUUGUUUUUACAAAUGUCGUUAUAUUGACUAUUUUUUAUUUCGUAGCCUCCUCGACUUGUACUGCGUUAAAUCACAUUUUCAUCAUAACGACAUUCGUUAAAGUGGAAUAUUUUUAUGAGAUAGCAGUAAAUUAGUAGGGUCCAAAACAAGUCGUUUUACUGACUCUUUCCUUAAAAAGAUAUUUUACUGUACCAAUCACGCUCACCCCCACUUGUUCUUCCAAUUCUGAACAAAAAUAAUAUCCAUUCUAUGCAAAUAUUAUCACUCUAUCACUUUUUUUGGCCUCUUUUUCAGUAUACUGCAGAAUUCCACUGUUACUCCUCAUGGUACCACAAACUCUUGUUCUUCUGUCAAAGAAACUUUCAUAAAAUUUUACAUUGCUGUAAAAUUUGCUCAGUUGGUAUAAUGUCGGGCUAGAUGGCCAAUGAAUUGGGGUUCACUUCUCAGCAGGUAAAAAAAUAUAGGUAGAGUUAUUCCUGUAACAUGCCAUGGAGGACCAACGGGUUGUGAGACAUUGAGGCUCCCACAUUUUCUAGACAAUCGGUUUACAUAUGGCCGUUAAAUUUGUAACAAAGUUUUAAAUGCCAGUACAAAGGUCAGACCACAGUAAUAAACACUUACACAGAGUGGGAAUGAUCUUUCAGCAAUUGCACUGGUAAGCUUUUCAGGUAAACAUACUUACAUUGGCAUUUUAUGAAUAUGAAAUUUUUAGGUACACUGUAUCAACUAAGAACAUAAUUAAGUAUCAAAUGAUAUGUAAUAUUAUCAUGGUGGUCUGGGGGGGGCAUGUGGAGCAAAUCAAUAUGAGGUGUUUCACAGUAGCAUCUUGACACUCUCCUAGAUCGGCUGGGAUAAACAAAUGAAUCUCAUGCUAUCCUCUCAUUUGGUUAUGACAUUUUAGUGAAUGCACACAUUGAGACUCAGAAAAUCUCAUCUGUGACAACUACUACGUUACUUCAGAGUUUUCUAAGGUUUCCAUUUGGUGUGAGUGCAUACAAGCACACAGACAUAUAGAAAUUGGGUAUUAUACAUAUAGGGUUUUCCUAAAAGAAUGGUGGGAUUUCAUUGCCGUAUAUCUCCGUCAGUUUUUGCUGAUGAAAAGCAAAACGUAUAUGGAUUCAUAACAUGGCUCUCAAAUUUUCAUUUUGUAUAUCACACUCUUUCCUAGUUCCAUUUCCAACAGUUAGGCAAACAAUGGACUGGACGUGCUGCAGGUGAAGAUGCCCCUUUUCUCCAGUGGCCACCCCGGUCCCCAGGCAUAACUCCAUGUGAUUUCUUCUUGGGGGGUACGUGAAGGACGUGGUUUAUGUACCCCCAUUGCCCCAAUCACUCCAGGAUCUCCGAAACAAUCAAUCAUGCUGUGGAGACAAUCACACCUGAAAUGCUGCAGCGGGUGUGGCAGGAAUUCGACUAUCGCAUUGAUGGGUGCUGGGUAACGAAAGGUGCACACAUAGAGGCACUUUGAUGGAUGCACAUAAAAUUUGGACAGUUAAGCUUCCGAUUGACGCAUGUUAUGAUUGUACACUGUAAGAAAUACGAAAUAUAUACGUAUCUGAAACCCCACCAUUCUUUUAGGAACAGCCAGUAUAAAUUGUUGAGAAACAGAUUUCAAGUAAGUCUAAGAGUCUUUAAGGUUUUUUAUUGAUUUCUUGGCUUAACUUCAAGCUGACAGGCUAAUAAUUAUAGAGGUACUGUAAAUCUUCACUCAAAUACCUCGACCAGAAAGUAGCAUAUGGUUAUUAGCAGAGAAUCUGCAGGUGCUCAUAAUCAAGAUAUUAGUUAACUGUUCAUCUGCUGAUUUUGAUGGUCCCAGUGUCGGAUAUGACACUUAAAAUUGAAGUUGUCUCUGUGUUUAAAUAUCACACCAUGGACACACGGGGAGAAUGAAGUAAAACUCCAUGUAUUCUUAACCAUGGCACUAGAUGGACCUGAACAGAACCUGGUACCUACAGAGCUGCAGGUUGGUUGGACCCCAGAGCCAGAACAGACAUAGUAGCAAAGAUAAAAGUCCCUGGAUCUGCCAUGAAUUUAAGUCUGGUUGUUGAGCCUACAGCCAGUCACUUUACUGAGCUGCCAACUCUUUAAACCAGUACAUUUUAAUUCUGUUCUCAUUAGAAUAAAUUUUCUAUUUAUAUUAAUAAACAUUAUGAAAUUAAAAUAUAUAAUAAUAAACUAAAUAUCUGAUUAAGCAAUAGGGCUUAAACAGUAGUUGGACUCAGCUGUAGCAUCAACACUACAUACACGCUACAAUUUGAAGUUAUGGUACUGUAGCGAAGUAGAACCAAAGAACUAAGUAUGGCUAUUUAUUUUUAAGCUAAUUAAACAGCCAUUAUGAUCAAUAGAGGACAUAUGUAUCACUGCAAUUUAGUAAGUGAUCAAUGUAAAAAUAAAAACAGAAUAUCAAUUCAUUUUAUUAGUUUUAGUCACAAAGAAACAUUACCAAAGAACACACACUGUACCCUUUUCCCAAGUAUUGCUCAGUAUUCUAUGAGUGUAUAUAUAAGUUAAUGCAUCUUGUCAAUGUCCUUUUGUAUUACAUUUAUAUAAAACUACUUCAUGAAUUCUAUCAAUAACAGAUAUGAAUUUAUAAAGCUGUGUAGCUAUAAAAGACUUUACAUGAGUGUAACUGGCAUGAAUAAAUGAUUUGAUCGAUGAGGACAAUAUUAAUUACUUAGCUGUAACAUAAGCCAGUACUGGUUCACCCCUGGAAUACCAAGACUCCUUUCUUUCUUCCAUUUUAUAUUUUGGUGUGUUAUUUUACAUCAGUGUCAGCAGCUAGACUACAUUCUGCCGAACAGUAGGAUGACGGGUGAAUAAUGAAUUGGAAGGAAGAAGGAGAUCAGGGCCUAAUUAAGGUACUACCCCAGCAUUUGCAUGGAUGGGCUGAGGAACACCACAGCGAACAGUCACCAUAGUCUGAGUAUCAGGCCCUCCUGAAUACAAGUCUAGAGCAUUACAAUAUCCACAAGGUAUUAGCAUAUAUUACGGAAUUUCUGUUUAUUGCAAAAUAUUAUGCAUCCUAGAAUAGUGAUACCAUUUGUAACACACACAUGUCAAACCACAAGGUUCCAUUUAUUCAUGGCAAUAAGAAUGUAGGUUGCUAAGGCUGUUAUGUCAGAUUAUCAUUAUCAUUCCUGCCAGAUGUGUAAAAAUGGUAUUAUUUAUGCAUCUUCCUUUGCACUGCACUUUAAACCCUUAAUUUUAGCCUUUUAAUUUUAGAAAAGAAAAACUGCUCCUACCUAACUAAAUAAAUUCCUCUCAACACCCACAAAUUAAACUGCACAGUUAAAAAAAAACACACACACACACAC